CUCUCUUCGCUCGGAACCACUGGCCUUUGGGACAGCUUUCUGUGCUUCCAGUUUGGAAAUCCUCACUCCUUCUACAAUGGCAGCCAUUGGAAAUCGUGGAACAGUGACUGAGGCGGCUGGUUUUGACGCUGAGGCAGAUGCAAAGCGUCUUAGAGAAGCCAUGAAAGGAGCUGGCACCGAUGAGGCAGCCAUCAUCGAAGUCGUGGCGCACCGUACUAUUGCCCAGAGGCAGCGCAUCAAAGAGGCCUACAAACAGUCAGUGGGAAAGGACCUGGCUGAUGAUCUGUCCUCAGAGCUGAGUGGGAACUUCAGGAGUGUCGUUCUCGGUCUGCUGAUGCUGGCGCCUGUGUACGACGCCUACGAGCUGAAAUAUGCAAUGAAGGGGGCUGGAACAGAGGAGGCCUGUCUCAUCGAUGUCCUUGCCUCAAGGUCAAAUGCUGAAAUAAAAACCAUCAAUGCGUUUUACAAAAAAGAAUAUGGAAAAAACCUGGAGGACGCUGUCUGUGGAGACACAUCAGGAAUGUUUCAGAGGGUUUUGGUCUCCCUACUUACGGCUGGACGGGAUGAAAGCGACAAAGUGGACGAGGCCCAGGCUGUUAUAGAUGCCAAGGAAAUCUACGAGGCUGGUGAGGCUCGAUGGGGCACGGACGAGGUUAAAUUCCUUACUGUGCUUUGUGUGAGGAACCGAAACCAUCUGCUGCGAGUGUUUGAGGAGUAUCAGAAGAUCUCUGGAAGAGACAUCGAGGACAGCAUUAAGAGGGAGAUGUCUGGAUGUCUGGAGGACGUCUUUCUGGCCAUAGUGAAAUGCAUAAGGAACAAGCCAGCGUUCUUUGCAGAGCGAUUAUACAAAUCAAUGAAGGGGCUGGGCACUACAGAUAGUGUCCUCAUCAGAAUAAUGGUUGCGCGGGCGGAGAUUGACAUGUUGGACAUUAAAGCACAGUUCCUGAAGAUGUAUGGCAAGACUCUCUACUCCUUCAUCAAGGGAGACACAUCUGGUGACUACCGCAAAAUCCUCCUGGAGCUGUGCGGAGGCGAGUAAAAGAAACAUCACAACGACAUCCAGCUCUGUCUAAAUUCCACAUUAUGAGCGUUUAUUCUGUCGAUGGCUUCUUGUUUUUUUUCUAUUCUUUCAGUCUUCACAUUUCACUGAUUGAGUGCAGUGCCUUGUUUUACUGUUUGUACUGUAAUACUAAAACCAAAGACCAGUGACCUUU